UGGUUACCCUCAUUACCUUCGUUCAUUCCGACCCCCUCCCCUUCUUCGCCUCUUCUCUGUUCUUCGGUCGAACAACCCCUUCCCUCCCAAUCGUUCAUUUCGAAAGCUUAAUUGAGCAAUCCAAGGCACCCUCUGCUUGCAGACCCUUGCCUUCUCUUCAUCCCUCGAGGAAUCGACCGCGCGAACUCUAGAACGCGAACACCAACCAUGCACUUCCAACUUCAGCAAUUCGUCUCUCUGAUUUUGCUCAUGAUCAGUUCAUGGGCCACCGUGGGCGGACUGGCUUCCCCCAUUGGUUCUCCCCAGGAACUCGCUAAGCGCGCUCCUGGUGAUGUCCACCUCUACAAGAGGUUCACCAACUCCAAGUGGUCCUUCUAUGACGUCGGACUUGGUGCUUGCGGCGAGUGGAAUGUCGAGAGCGACUUCAUCGUUGCACUAAAUGCCGAGCAAUUCGGAUCCGGCUACCCAGGCCCUCAUUGCGGAAAGACCAUCACUCUGAGGUACAAUGGCAAGACCGCUCAAGCCAAGAUCAUGGACCGGUGCCCCGGAUGCCCGUACGGCGGACUUGACCUUUCCCGAAGUCUCUUCCGUCACUUCGCUCACGAAGAUCUCGGCAUUAUUUAUGGUUCUUGGGACUUUGGCAGCGGUGGAGGUGACAAUGCUCCUGCCACCACUCAAGCUCCCGCACCCCCCACCACCACUCCCAGGACCACGAGCACCCCUGCUCCUGCUCCCGAGCCUACCACCACUCGUAGAACCACUACUUCCCCUCCUCCGGCCCCCACCACCACUCAGGCUCCCGUGACCACUACCAGUAGCACCCCCACCACGCGUGCUCCCGAGCCCGUGCCUACCACUUCAAGGACUCCUGCCGUCAACAUCGUUGUCAGCAGCUAUUCUUCGAGCGCGUCGGCGUCGUCUUCCGCUGCUUUCUUGGAAGACGUCGUCCCAAGCACCGUCAUUGCCGCUGCUGCUCCUUUGCCGACUGAGUCGGGAACCUUGGAGGAGAAGCUCCAGGAGAACUGGACCUUGAUCACCCAGCUCUUCGAGAUGCUGGGCAAGCUCAUCCAGUCUCUUGCUGGAGGUGAAGAUGCACCUGCUGCGUCGGCAUCGGCUUAAAAAGGCGGUUUCGGGUUAGAUUUUGGGUCUUCGGGUUGAACUGAGGGAAAUCAGACAAAAUAGAAUAGACGGAUCGUUGAUCGUCCAAAUGUACCAUAGAUAGACGCCAGGAGACCGGUGCUCCUCGCCCAAUCCCAUUUUCAUUCAUUUUCGCC